AUGGCAAACAGGAAACGUCAAAGCACUACAACCGGCAUGCUGGAUCACAGGGUGAUACCUUGCCCUACUUCAUCUCACCACAGGGAGCCUGAAAGUGAGGAAAAUGACCUGCCUAGUGAAGAUUACAUAGCAAAGGAGGCAGAGCUAACAGCUAUCAGAGAAGGUAGCCCUACCCCUGUGGAACACGAGUGCAAUGAUAAUAGUGGAGAUGGCGAUUCCAGCUCCGAUUAUGUGAAUAAUUCCUCUGAAGAGGAGGACUAUGAUGAAGGCCUGCCAGAGGAAGAGGAAGGGAUCACAUACUAUAUUAGGUAUUGUCCAGAGGAUGACAGUUAUCUGGAAGGAAUGGACUGCAAUGGGGAAGAGUAUGUGCCUCACGAAGAACACCAAGUUGAAACUGAUGAAUGUCAAGAAGCUGUGGAAGAAGAAUGGACAGAAGCUAACAUUCAGCACCAUGAUGAAAGUGAAGUGACUGAAGGGCAAGACUACCAAGAUAACUGUGUUCAGAUUUUGGAGGAUGAAGUAUCUUCUCUGGAGAUUCAAGACCAAGAAGAAAACAUACAAUACUGUCAAAAUGAAGAAAGCUAUCAGGACUAUUAUCCACCAGAAGCUAAUGGAAACAGUCAUGGGAUGUCGCCCUACCGUUCGAGGAAAGAAGAUGCUGAGUUGGAAGAGCAGGAAGAAGACAUUGACCAGAUCGUAGCUGAGAUUAAAAUGAGCAUGAGUAUGAGCAGCAUUAACAGCACAACAGAAAUGAGCCCUGAGCAUGGCGGGACUGAAAAUGUGCAAAAUGACUAUAAAGAGACUUGUCCAAAAGGUGAUGCUGGUCAUGAAGGGAGGCCAAAAUCAUUGAAUAUUCCACCUGCUUCAAAGCAUGUUGGAGAUAUGCCUAGAGGUUUUAAAACAAAGUCAAGAACUCCAGAAGACAGACAGAAAUGGCCGCAAGAACAGGUGUGCAAUGGUUUAGAACAGCCAAGGAAACAACAACGUUCUGACCUAAAUGGACCAAUUGACAACAAUAAUGCACCAGAGACAAAGAAAGUGUCUUCGUUUCCAAGUUUUGUUGAUGUUCCAGGACCCUGUGAACCUGAAGAUCUCAUUGAUGGAAUCAUCUUUGCAGCCAAUUACUUGGGUUCUACACAGCUGCUCUCAGAACGUAACCCUUCCAAAAAUAUAAGAAUGAUGCAAGCUCAAGAGGCAGUGAGCCGUGUCAAGAGGAUGCAAAAGGCGGCUAAAAUCAAGAAAAAAGCGACUUCUGAGGGAGAUUCCCAGGCCUUGACUGAAGUGGAUCUGUUCAUCUCCACACAGAGGAUUAAAGUUCUGAAUGCAGAUACACAGGAAACUAUGAUGGAUCAUGCGUUGCGCACAAUCUCAUACAUUGCUGAUAUUGGUAACAUCGUUGUUUUAAUGGCAAGACGCCGGAUGCCAAGAUCUGCUUCUCAAGACUGUAUAGAGACGACACCUGGUGCCCAAGAAGGAAAGAAACAGUACAAAAUGAUAUGUCAUGUCUUUGAAUCUGAGGAUGCACAGCUGAUAGCUCAAUCAAUUGGUCAGGCUUUCAGCGUGGCCUACCAGGAGUUUCUGAGAGCCAACGGAAUUAAUCCAGAGGAUCUCAGUCAGAAAGAAUAUAGUGACAUAAUCAAUACCCAGGAGAUGUAUAAUGAUGAUCUUAUACACUUCUCCAAUUCAGAGAACUGCAAGGAGCUGCAGCUAGAAAAGCAGAAGGGAGAAAUUCUCGGGGUGGUGAUUGUGGAAUCAGGAUGGGGAUCCAUCCUACCCACAGUUAUCCUGGCUAACAUGAUGAAUGGAGGUCCUGCAGCUCGUUCAGGGAAACUAAGCAUUGGAGACCAGAUAAUGUCUAUUAAUGGAACCAGUUUAGUUGGUCUUCCUCUUGCAACAUGCCAAGGGAUUAUAAAGGGUCUUAAGAACCAGACGCAGGUGAAACUGAACAUUGUCAGCUGUCCUCCUGUUACAACCGUCCUCAUAAAACGACCAGACCUGAAAUACCAGCUGGGCUUCAGUGUACAGAAUGGAAUCAUUUGCAGCUUGAUGCGAGGUGGAAUAGCGGAACGGGGAGGGGUCCGAGUAGGACAUCGCAUUAUUGAGAUCAAUGGGCAAAGUGUUGUGGCCACUGCUCACGAGAAGAUAGUACAAGCCUUGUCUAACUCAGUGGGAGAGAUUCAUAUGAAGACUAUGCCAGCUGCAAUGUUCAGGCUUCUAACUGGCCAAGAGACACCCCUGUACAUCUAG